CGUUGCAUCUCAUCAGACUUUCAAAAGGCCUUUGCCAUGGAUAUUCGGUAUUCAAGUGAUUCGCUUAGUUUGUGAUUCUGGUUGCAAGACUCGAACGUCAUCUUGAGCGACCAGCAUACCCCUCGCCUCUAGCACCAAGUCGAGGUGAGCAAUCAGCAGCUACACUUCUCAGCCAGUCGCAACAACAGUUGCCACGCACGCAGCACAGCAAAGCAAAGCGGACCUCGGACCCUUUUUCUCCCCUGCUCCAUCCUCACACAUCCAUCGCAAACUUGUCCUUCAUUCUCCAGCAGCAAUAUGCGCUUCUACGAAAAGACGCUUCCGGACGCGGAGGAUGUGGUGAUGGUGCAAGUGCGGCAAAUAGCAGAGAUGGGAGCUUACGUCAAGCUUUUGGAGUACGAUGGUGUGGAAGGAAUGAUCUUGCUAUCCGAACUUAGCAGGCGUAGAAUCAGAUCCAUUCAAAAGCUGAUCAGGGUGGGCAGAAACGAGGUGGUGGUGGUGCUGAGGGUAGACAAGGAUAAGGGCUACAUCGACUUGUCCAAGCGUCGAGUGUCUCCAGAGGAUAUCAUUCGCUGCGAGGAGAGGUUUAAUAAGAGCAAGGCUGUGCACAGUAUUCUUGCGCACGUGUCCGGAAAACUCAACAAGCCUCUAGAGGAGCUGUACGAGGCCAUCAGUUGGCCAUUGGAUAAAAAGUUUGGACAUGCGUAUGACGCUUUCAAGCUCGCUGUCACAGAGUCCGAGACUGUGUUUACGGGUCUGGAAUUGGACGCCGACGUGCAAAGAGAGCUGCAAGCAAACAUUGCUCGUCGUAUGACGCCCCAGCCCGUCAAGAUCCGAGCAGAUGUGGAAGUGACGUGUUACAAUGCGGCCGGUAUAGAUGGUAUCAAAUCGGCAUUGCAGGCUGCAGAGGAUUUGCAAACGGAAGAGAUCCCGAUCAAGGUCAAGUUGAUCGCUCCUCCCCUCUAUGUGCUCGUCACCAACUCGACGGACAAGCAAGGCGGUAUAGAUCUGCUCAAAAAGGCCCUCACAACCAUCGAUGCGAGCAUAAAGAAGAGCGGAGGAAAUUUGGCUGUCAAGAUGGAGCCCAAGGCCGUGUCCGAGUCAGAAGAUCAGGAGUUAGAGAGGCUUUUGCAGAGAGUGGAAAAGGAAAACGAGCAGGUGGCUGGAGACGACGACGACUCGGACGACGAGGAAUAAGCUCACGAGGCCAUGCGCAGUGCGGGUGCGCGCUCUCCUCUGCAAGUGCAGCUGAAUGGCUGUUGGUGUGCCCUACCGACUGUACACGUAGUCACAAAGAACAAGCGCUUGUUUCACCCUCAUCUUGCCACUCUGCUACUCGAAAUGCGGCCGUCUUCCGCAGGGGCGGCUUUUUGCACCUCCAACAGGGCGUGAUCAGGAGAGCAAGCGGGACAGUCUAUGCAUUGGUGCGAUGAUACAUGCCAUUUUAAAGAUCAGGAUCAAAAGCAGAAAAUAGAGC